AUGGAAAACUUCAUGGCACCGCUGAGCACUGUAAGUGAGCUUGCGCUUCAGCAGAGCAAGGCUAAGCUCCUCCAUGGCAAGCUGAACGGUCCCUCCCGGCGCAAGCGGGAGUUCAUGCCAGAUGAGAAGAAGGACAACAUGUACUGGGAGAAAAGGCGCAAGAACAACGAGGCGGCCAAGCGCUCACGGGAGAAGAGGCGCCUCAAUGACUUCGCCAUGGAGAGCCAGCUGGCUGCUCUCAGCGAGGAGAAUGCCAUCCUCAGGACAGAGCUGCUGUCCCUGAAGCUGCGCUUUGGGCUCAUCAGCCCAGACACCAGCACCUACCCGGGUGACUCCCUUCAGGACUUCCUGGGGGUUUAUUUCAGAGGGCACAAAGCAGCCUCCCCACUCCUUGAGGCAGAGCCCUUUGCUGGGGAGUCCUGCUUCUUCACAAUGAAGAGCUUUGUGCCGACGGUGCUGGAGCCAGCUGACUUUUCCUGCAAAACCUUUGGCCCAUCCAGAAAUACCCUUGGCUGUGACUCAAAGUCAGCUCCCAUGGACACAUGUGGCCUUCAGCAGCCAAAGAGGCUUGAUGCAUCCUUCAGAUCCACAGUUUGCUCUCCGUUCCUCAACUACCACUGCCCAGACAAAUAUGCUUUCCACUUGCCUUUGUCAGGCAGUGCCUGCUUCUUGUGCCCUUCCCCCAUUCCAGCUGAGGUAAGCAAAGAAAGCAGCACAAAUGCCUCAGAUGAAGACGAUGAGCAACAAGUGCCCAAAACUUCUCCUCUACCCCCAUGCGGCCUGCCCUGCCCUUCAGAAGACCAUUUGAAGGGCCGAAGCUAUGCUGCCCUACCUCACAAGCUCCGGAUUAAGACCAAAGCCCUCAGUAGCUUGGAGGAGAGUGGCCUGGACUCCCACUGA